UGUAUGCACUUCACCACGUCGAUAAAGAAGCUCGUUCAGUCAGAUCGCCGAGCGAGCAGCAAGUGGACGCGCCAGUGGGAUUCGACUUCGACGAGACUUGGUCCCGUAUUAGUCGUCUUGGUAGCCCAUUUCCUCCAUCUCUCCAUCGAUCGGUUCGUCGAUCGACGACCUGUCAAAUCUAAGCCCGAUCUCGCGUCACGCCGUAUCCUCGCCUUAUAUCCAUACCGUGACUUGUGCUGUUUCUCUACCGUGUCGCGUAUCCUGUGUCGUCGUCGUAGGGUCCGCCUCCUGCGGGGCCGCGAUCAGUCCGUACGGUAUCCUCGUCGCGGACCGGUGCUCGGGGAAGACUCCGUCGUCGAGAGACCCAGAGAGGGACGGGUCGUUCAUCUUCCAUCGGUCGCUGCAUACACCGUGGCGCCGUGACGUUAACGGAGGGCCACGACUCCGGAAUCAUCGAAGUCGUCAUGCUGUCAAUCGCGGUGGUCGCGACAAGAACGACGACGACGACGACGACGACGACGACGUUUCCCGGGUCGAAGGGACGACACGCGACCUUCUGCUGAUGAUGGGGCCGUCAGUCGAAUGUUUGGUCCUCAGAUCCUGCUCCGAGGAUAAAUAAAACGCGAGGAUACUUGCGGACGAGUACGACGACGUUCUUUUCUAAAGGUAGACGACCAGGCUCAGGAUGGCGUCGACCUCCAGCAGCACGUCGCCCGACGUUCAGGUGCUGAUGGGCAAGGGCAAACGUGGGGCAGCCGCUUACAUCAGUCUGACAACAGGUCGGGACACUGGCGUUUGCCCGCAGUAUCUCAACGAGCUGCUGGACGUCCUGCUGAACCCCAGCAAGCCCAUCGACGAUUGGGAGACCAUCGACUGGUGCAAGUGGCUGAUGGCCGGUGGCCGCACGCCCGACGAAUUCGCCAGUACAGUACGUACCUAUGACAAUGCUACUACUUGUGGUCUGGUGUGGACACCAAACUUUGUAGCAUAUCGCUGUCGUACAUGUGGCAUAUCUCCCUGUAUGUCCCUGUGCACUGAGUGCUUCAAAAAGGGAAAUCAUCAUCGUCACGAUUUCAACAUGUUUCUCAGUCAAGCAGGUGGUGCAUGUGACUGUGGUGAUACGUCUGUGAUGAAGGAGACUGGAUUUUGUGAUAGACAUGGGCCAAAGGCAGCUGUAAAUAAAUCAGUCGCACCAUCAGAUCUGAUGUGUGUAGCCGAGGCAAUGAUGCCCAGAAUUAUUCUUCGACUUAUACAACAUUUACGUGAGAAUUGUAAAAUGGGUGUGCCAGAUUAUAAAGGUGCUAUACAUGAGGCAGAUUCAUAUUUGACCAUGUUGCUCGAUUUGAACAACAUGGGCGCAUUAAUGAGACACGUUAUGACAUCAGCUCUCACGAAUCCGCAAAAGUACCGAGGCCUUAUGGAUCCUUCGGUCUUAACGGGACAAUCCGAGUACGAUAGCUAUUGUCAAGAUAGCAAUAAAAUAUAUCAGCAUGCCGUAAAAUCGUUACCGAAUCCAGAACCACCCGAUGAAUAUAAAGAAUGCGUGUCGCUUCAAGAACAUUUAGAGCACACCACCUUCUUGGAGGAACUGAUGUUCUGGACCGUUGCUUAUGAGUUUCCACAAAAAUUGGUCUGUUUACUAUUGAACAUGUUGCCGGAUCCUGAUUACAAGGAAGCUUUAACCCGCGCCUUUGUGUUGCACUAUAGUAGAAUCUCUAUGAUGCUCGAACGUUCAACGGAUCCUGAUACGUUGAGCAAUAGAGUAGUGCAUGUUAGCGUACAGCUAUUUAGUAACGAGAAGCUAGCGUUAAGGAUGGUUGAUCAGUUGAAAUUGUUACACGUUAUGGUUAUCAGUUUGAAAUACAUGAUGAGCAAAAUAUUAAUUCAAAACACUUUGCAUGAUCCGGAUAAAAAUUUCCAUUAUGUCGUGGACUGUGGACGCCAAGUAAUGAAGGAACAUUGUUACUGGCCAUUGGUAUCCGAUUUAAAUAAUGUACUCUCACAUAAACCAGUCGCAGUCAGGUUCAUGAGCGAUAAUACUCUCUUGGAAAUGUGGUUUGACUUUCUAUCCAUGUUUCAAGGCAUGAACGUUAACCAGAGGGAAUUAAGUCAGCAUGUCGAAUUCGAACCUAAUACUUAUUAUGCGGCAUUCAGUGCCGAACUAGAGGCUAGUGCGUAUCCAAUGUGGGCCCUAGUGUCGCAUCUUCGGGGACCCGAAAGUGCGACAUUAAGUCGACGAGUGCUUAGCUUCUGCCUCACAGCUUUGCAAGAUUGGCUAGAUGCCGUAAACUACACUCAUCCUAAUGUGAGUGAUAGUUUGCAAGUGUCGUUUCAUCUGCCGCUUCAUCGAUAUCUCGCCGUGUUUAUGUGUCAAGCGAUCAGACAACAAGGAGCGACUCUACGUGAAUUAUUACCACCCACGGACAUGCUGCACCUCCUUAUGAUGCAUCCGCUACGAGUACAGGUGGCCUUCUAUGAGAUCUUAAACGGAUUAUGGGUUCGCAAUGGAUUGCAAAUAAAGGGUCAAGCUAUGACUUACAUACAAUGCAAUUUCUGCAACUCCAUGGUAGAUGCAGAUCUGUAUCUGUUGCAAAUUUGCGCCACGAAAUUACUGCCGGAUGUCUUUCUGAAAACCAUCAUCGAAAAAUUUCACGUAAAGGAAUGGAUGAGUUUAUGUCUAUAUCGUGCUCCGCAAAAUGAGUAUCUCGAAGGUGAACACGAUACGCCGAUGUUAGAGAGCUGCCUAACGUUUUUGGCUACAUUGGUCAACGUGAGAACAAAUCUUGGUUUAUCGGAUCCUGAGAUGUCCCGUCUUGAAAUGGUCACUUUGUUGUGUAUGGGUGAUAAAACGCACAGCCAAUUAAUGGAACUGAUGCCGGAACGUUGUGGGACCACUCAGAACAGAGACUUUGAAUCUGUUCUGGCUGAUGUAGCGCAAUAUAGAGCUCCAAAUCUCGAAGCGAGCGGCAAUAUGCAGCAAGGUAUGUACGGACCGAAGCCUCGCGUGUGGGACGAGCUUUUUGAUCCUUUGCACGUUCUAUUACGAGCUGUACACAGGAGAGACUUUCAAAUAUCCAUGGAUCGUUUUACGGAAUAUGUGAAACAGUCGGGCAAAUUGAAAAACAGUGCUACUCCUUGGCCGCCAUUCAGGCAUCCCGCUCCGGUGUCGUCGGACUACGACGAUCCCCGGAUCGUUUUACGCACCAGGGUCUUUCAUGCUAUGAUCUUGAUAAUACUGUAUAAGGCUGUGAAUGGACAUAAUAUAUCGGAACAUGUUAUGGCGUUAGCUAUUUAUCUCUUGGAAAUGGCGGUGAUUACUGCGGAUUCACCGAAUAAAUCUGUAAGUCCUUUAUGUCAAUAUACCGGUGGUAGUUCUCGGGUGAUAAAGGAUAUGGAUUUAGGUGGGUGGUAUGAAAGCGAUAGUUUAUCCGAAAAUCUGAGGACAGUGAUACCUCGAGUGAUUCUAGUCCAAGAGUCGGAGCCAAACAGCUCAGACAGUGAGUUUGAAUGGGAGAUGCAAGGAGAGAUGAGCGAAGUGACAACAUCCUUGAUGCUGAACGAUGGUGCUGACGACGGUGUAGAGGAAGGCUCUCUGGAGCUUUUAGGAUUUUCCGUAGACACUGUGAGAGACGACAGUGGCGUAUCGAAUACGAACGCGACGUCUCUGCCGGCUUUAUUGCCGUCAGUUGAAAGUGUUGUACCCUUGCCAGCUUUACCAUCAACAAGUGUGGAAUAUGAUUUGAUUGUACCUGAAGAUGGAGUCGUCGCUAUACCCCGUAGUAACAGCGAGGAUGAUCUAACAGUACCUUUGCAAAGAGCUCUACCAUCAUCUGAAGAAGAAUCUAUGGCUCUAGCGAUUGAAUCGCCACCUUCGCCAAAUAAUGUAGUCGGUGGCCAACCUGCGUUACUACCAGCUCCUCUACGUCCAGCAGUUAUGGCUGGAAAUGAGAUAGUCACGGCUAGUAGAAUGGCACAGCCAGUUAACUACAGGACUACAGAAAUUGUUCCAUCCACAUCAAAUCCUCACAAACAUUUUAAAAGGAGAGAGCCACAGGUUGGAUUGAUGCAACCACAAAGUGUAAAAGUGGGAGAGAGCAUAAUUUCUUUGCUGUUGAAGUUACAUUCUCAACUAUCGGGCGUACCGGACAGCUAUAAUCCCGAACAAAGUGCAAUACCAGAUAACGAAGCCGGUAGCAGUAGCAGCAGCAGUAGUUCUUUCGCGUCGCCGUCGUCGCUGAGCGACUCGCGGAUUGGCGACGGGCCAUUCUUUAUAUCACAGCUACUUAGGAAAAUAGCGGAUUUAGAUCCUAUGUGCAAACAAACUAUUAUCGAGACUAGGAAUAAAUUGUGGCCCCGCAUGCAGGAAUGCGAGGAGGAUGAGCAGCGUGAGAAGGAAAAUCGUGAACGGGAAGAGCGACGAAGGAGGGCGAAGGAGAGGCAACAAAAGUUGAUGGCGGAAUUCGCCAACAAACAGAAGCAAUUUAUGGAAAAAGCGAUGAAAACCGAGGAAGCAAGUGCAUCUGGAAUGGACUGGGAUCAGGAGGAGAACGCGACUAAACUGACUAGUAAAAAGGAAUACGAUUGUGUGAUAUGUAAUCAAACUACUCCCAGCAGCGAGGACAAGCCAAUGGGACUUGUUGUAUUAGUUCAGGCAACUAGUAUUAUUGGCCACGAACGACAAGAAUCGGACAGGCUGGUUCUUCCCACAUCUGAUGAGGAUCCAGCUAUACCGAAAGGAAAUACUAGGGGCGCUCAUUUUGAUCGCAGAAUGGACGAAAUGAGUCGUUUAUUUCACACAUUUUCGUGGCUAAUUUCAGUCAAUCUAGGCUGGGAAGGCGGUGUCCAUGUACAAACGUGCGGUCACCACCUGCACUUGGAUUGUUUAAAAUCCUAUCUAGAAUCUCUUCGUAGUCAGCAACGACAACAGAGUCUAGCAGUGGAACGGGGCGAGUACCUGUGUCCGCUCUGUCGACAGUUGGCCAAUUCUGUUUUGCCGUUGUCGCCACAAUUAGGCGAGUGCUCGGCAGUGGUGCGAUCUCGUCACGCUUCCACAAAAACCAUAUUCGCAGACCUGAAUACUUUCCUCAAAGAGGUACAUCGAAAUCCGAUCUCUUCAAAUCUGGCUGUGGCGAUGGGAAAAGCAAUGGAGGACAUGACGAGUUGCACGUAUCUAAAAUAUAAGCAAAAGAACUGUAAACCUAGUCACCAAAGCUUGUUCCUUUUCGUAACUUCAGUAGCUCGAACCAAUUUUGAGAUCGAACUCGUGCAACGUGGCGGAUCGUUGUGCGUUCCAUCACCCACCACGAUACCUCUAACACCUAAACGCGAUUGCAUAGUCGCGCUUCUUCACGUCUUGGCGAUGCAUGCUCGUGUACUGAUUACUUGGCCGGUGCAUCACGUCUGGCAGCAGCUGUCUGGUAUACCGCUGAUAGAAGAACCGGCGCCUUCGUUCGCCUUGACGCCACGCGAAAGAGAGGUUCCUUUACUCUUGCGAGACCCAACCGCUAUGCUUAUUCAAUUUAUAUUGUUGUUGCCGCUGCACCUGGAUCAAACAUAUUUCUCAGGCGUAGUAAAGGUUCUUUAUAACUUACUGUACUAUCAAGUGAUACUACAGAUAAGUUGUAAUUUCUCGCGAGCCGAACGAAACACAAUUCUUAAAAGGAGAUGUAACUGUGCUACCACGCCUUCGGAAACCAUAUUGGCCGAGAUUAUCGAAUAUUUUAGUGAGAGCGGAGUUUACUCUGGCCCAGAUGACGAUAAGCCGUCUACAUCAUCGUCUCCCACUUACGCCAGAGUAAAAACGCACUGUGUCGAGCAACAAAUCCAGUCGUUAUGUUUGCCAUUUCUGCGAGUGGCAUCGUUGCUGCGUUAUCACCUGUAUGAACAGCCGUUACCGCUAAUCAGAACGCAGCAGAGCGAGUUUGUGAGAUUGGUGUACUAUUUGGAGUUGGUCACGGAAGGGAUGAGUUGGGAAAGCUUCGAUUCAACGGUGGCGUUGAACUGGCAGGAUCCAGAGGCGAGCGUCUCGGUGCCUCUUUUCUGGUGCGAUCAGUUGCUCGCAUUUCUUGCCAACUGGCAGAAUCAUCAACCGGCUCGUGGUCUCAUCAGAGAGCAGCACAUAUCUUGGCAUAUGCCGAAGCUGCUGAGUCUUCCGAGAGAAUACGAAAAAAUCUUCACGUAUUACCACGAACGACAGUGCAGCCAGUGUCAUUCUGUCCCGCAGGAAAUUAGUAUUUGUUUAUUAUGCGGCACUAUCGUCUGCCUCAAACAAAACUGUUGCAAACAAAUGAAUGUGUGCGAAGCUAUUCAGCAUUCGAUCGAUUGUGGAGGUGGAACUGGCAUCUAUCUCGUAGUGACUUCUACUUACAUUAUCGUGAUACGUGGUCGACGAGCAUGUUUAUGGGGAUCUUUAUAUCUCGAUGACUUCGAGGAGGAGGAUAGAGAUCUAAAACGUGGCAAGCCUCUAUAUCUUAGCCAGGACAGAUAUCAACUACUGGAGCAACAAUGGCUGGCACAUCGAUUCGACCAUACAAAGAAAACAUGGGUGUGGCAUCGCGACGCUCUGUGACCCCUCACAAUGUUAUCACACAUCGCCCGUUACUCUUAAUCUCAAAAUCGAAGAAGACUUUGCCUUUCCCUUCUUCUUUUCUUUCUGUAUUGCUCUCGAUAUUCCCGCAAUUUAUUCUCACGCAAAAUGCCUCGCUCUUUCGCAGUAAUGCCCGCGCGCUUUAGAGACUAACAGAAAUAGAUCACUCUUAAUAGAUAUUAUAUAUUUAUUAUGCAAUCUAAUAAAUAUAGUAGGCAUAAAAAUGACAAAUGAAAGUAUUACAAAAACAUUCGUUUGAAAAAAAAAUUGUCAUGCAUAAUGACAUCAUGCAUGAUAACUUGAAUAAUGCAUAUUACUUAUGUAGAAAUUAUGUAUGAUGCUCUCAAAUUAUAAAAACUUGUACAUUUUAUUUAAAUAUAUACACCGGACCGUUCCCAAUUUAA